AUGAGCCAAGAGCAGCCGAGGAGGCCGCGAGAGGAGGAGGAGCAGCGGCAGCAGAGGCGGCAACCUGAUGUCGAGCCGAUAAAGUACGGCGACGUCUUCUCCGUCUCCGGCAACCUCGCCUCGAAGCAGAUCGCGCCUCAGGAUGCCGCGAUGAUGCAGUCCGCCGAGGCCGCCGUGCUCGGGCAGCCGCAGAGGGGCGGCCCUGCAGACGCCAUGCGGGCCGCGGCGGCAUGGAACGAGAGGGCUGGGCUCGUCGGCCGCCGGGACCGCACGGACGUCGCGGCAGAAGAAGGGAUCACGGUCACUGAGACCGGAGUCCCCGGCGGGCGGAUCAUCACUGAAAGAGUCGCUGGACAGGUCGUCGGCCAGUACGUCGAGGGCAGCCCGGCGGCGGAGGCGCAGGCGCAGGUGGCCCAGCAGAGUGCCAUAACCAUCGGUGAAGCGCUGGAAGCGACCGCUCAAUCUGCCGGGGACAAGCCCGUGGACCGGGCCGAUGCGGCCGCCAUCUUCGUGGCCGAGCAAUGCGUGACGGGGAGCAACGUGGUCGUCCCUGGAGGUCUGGCCGCUUCCGCUCAGACGGCGGCGGCUUACAACGAGGGGACGCUCAGGGACGAUGCCAAGAUCAAGAUCUCCGACGUGCUCACGGGCGCCAUGGCGAAGCUGCCGGCGGACCGAGUGGCGAGCCGGCAGGAUGCGGAGUGGGUGGUGAAUGCGGAGAUGAGGACGGGGAACAAGGCGGCCGCCCACCCGGGCGGGGUGGGGGCGUCGGUGGCGGCGGCCGUGAGAAUCAACGAGAGCAUCACCAAUCCGUGA